UUUUCAGGUAGAAAGAACUUUGAACGCGGGUUGGCAAGAUGGCGAUGAAUAUUCCGAAAUCAGGCUACAAUCGCUUUAUGAAGGAAGGUGCACAGCACUUCCAAGGCACCGAUGAAGCUGUUUUGAGGAACAUCGACGCUUGCGUUGAGUUGGCUUCGCAACUCAAAUCGGCCUAUGGACCAAACGGAAUGAACAAAAUGGUGAUUAACCACAUCGAGAAACUUUUCGUCACUAACGAUGCGGCCACAAUCCUCAAGGAGCUUGACAUUCAACAUCCCGCAGCAAAGAUCAUCAUCAUGGCCAGUCAAAUGCAAGAGAAGCAGGUGGGAGACAAUACCAAUACAGUCGUUAUUCUUGCCGCUGCACUUCUCGAGCAUGCAGCUCAACUCAUAAGCAUGGGUCUCACACCACAAGAGGUUGCUUCUGGAUACGAGCAAGCCUCGGAGAAAGCCUUGGAAAUACUUGAAACGCUUGUUAUCAAGGAAGCUACCGAUCUGAGGGACCUUCCUAUGGUCAAAAAGUUCUUGCGGUCGGCUAUCACCUCCAAGCAGUACGAUAACGAGGACGUUAUUGCUGAACUAGUAGCUAAAGCGUGUGUGCAAACUGUGCCCAAAAACAGCUACAACUUCAAUGUUGAUAAUAUUCGCAUCUGCAAAAUUCUUGGUUCCGGUGUUAGUUCAUCUAUGGUGAUGAAUGGCAUGGUGUUCAAACGUGGAGCUGAAGGUGAAAUCAAGCAAGCCAAGAACGCUCGUAUUGCUGUCUACACUUGUCCGUUCGAUCUCACCCAGACUGAAACUAAGGGCACCGUUCUUAUCGAGAAUGCAGAUGAACUGAUGGGAUUCGCUAAAGGAGAAGAAUGGGAGGUUGAAAAGCAAGUGAAAGCUCUUGCCGAUAGCGGUGUUCAGGUUGUCGUCGCCGCCGGCAAGUUCGGUGACCUUUACUUGCAUUUCCUGAACAAAUACAAAAUCAUGGCGGUCAGAUUGACCUCCAAGUUUGACCUUCGUCGUCUUUGUCGAACGGUGGGAGCACAAGCUCAAGCUAGAAUUUGUGCACCUGCUGUCAAUCUAUUGGGCACUUGCGACUCUGUUUGCGUGAAAGAAAUCGGUGAUGAGAAUGUAGUCGUUUUUGACAACAAGGGUGAAAAGGGCAACGUAGCUACAAUUAUCAUUCGCGGCUCAUCACAGUCACGAAUCGAUGAUGUCGAACGUGCUGUUGACGACGCUGUGAACACGUAUAAAGCACUUACCAAGGAUGCAAAGCUUUUACCUGGAGCUGGUGCUGUAGAAAUAGAAGUGGCAAGGCAAAUCGAAUCUUUUGGUGAGAAAUGUGCGGGUCUAGAGCAGUAUGCCAUCAAGAAGUUUGCCUAUGCCUUGGAAACAUUGCCAAAAUGCCUUGCGGAAAAUGCUGGAUUGGAUGCUACCGAUAUUUUGACGAAGCUCAAUGCCGCACACGAAUCUGGACAACAGAACGUUGGAAUUGACAUCUGGAAACAUGCCGUGAUGGAUGCUGGAGAGAACCACAUCUAUGAUCUCUACGCUGGAAAGAAACUAGCAAUCAAACUAGCCACCGAUGCCGCUGCUACAAUUCUCAAAGUGGAUCAGAUCAUCAUAGCCAAACAAGCCACUGGAGGACCAAAACCUCGUGGGCCUAAACCUCAAGACGAGGACGACGAAGGCAUGGCUUAGUUACCCGAAGUAUCUCAUUUUCUUGUUACUCACGACCUCUAUGAUAGUCACUGAAUUUGUGAAGUUCUCUCAUCUGCAAAAUGGUUUUAAUGUCUUGUAUCUCGGUGUGAUAUCCACCUUGCGAUCGUAAUACUGAUUGUUUGGCGCAAUAGCACCAUCGUACGUUCUCUCCGUCUUGAAAGUGUCGAGCUUCGGUUGUAAGCAUGAGCUGCACUGCUGUCAGGAAGUUUUCGUCGAUCAUUUUUAUUGUUUUUGUUGCUUGAUUAUCUUGUUGAUUUAGCGUAAUAAAAUGUUUUGGUC